AAAAGGAAUGCUGAGGUUGGGCGCCCAGAGGUUCUAUGCAGUCACUCUGAUGUGGAGAGAACCCCCCUCCCCCAGCCCCAGCAGAUUCUGCUGCAGAGCCAUGCAGACAUGGCGGGGAUCCACAGGCUUGGACGAGAAGCUGGAGAUACAGAUGACCCACCAAGAAUUACUCAAAACCCUGUUAUCAACGGGAAUGUAGCCAUGAGCGAUGGGCAUAACAACACAGAGGAAGAUAUGGAGGAUGACACGAGUUGGCGCUCCGAGGCCACCUUCCAGUUCACUGUCGAGCGCUUCAGCAGACUGAGUGAGUCGGUCCUUAGCCCUCCGUGUUUUGUGCGAAAUCUGCCAUGGAAGAUUAUGGUGAUGCCACGCUUUUAUCCAGACAGACCACACCAAAAAAGCGUAGGAUUCUUUCUCCAGUGCAAUGCUGAAUCUGACUCCACGUCGUGGUCUUGUCACGCGCAAGCUGUGCUCAAGAUAAUAAACUACAGAGAUGACGAGAAGUCAUUCAGCCGUCGAAUUAGUCAUUUGUUCUUCCAUAAAGAAAAUGAUUGGGGAUUUUCCAAUUUUAUGGCCUGGAGUGAAGUGACUGAUCCUGAGAAAGGAUUUAUAGAUGAUGACAAAGUUACUUUUGAAGUCUUUGUACAGGCAGAUGCUCCCCAUGGAGUUGCGUGGGAUUCAAAGAAGCACACGGGCUAUGUCGGUUUAAAGAAUCAGGGAGCGACUUGUUACAUGAACAGCCUGCUGCAGACUUUAUUUUUCACAAAUCAACUGCGAAAGGCUGUUUACAUGAUGCCAACAGAGGGCGAUGAUUCAUCCAAAAGCGUCCCUUUAGCUUUACAAAGAGUGUUCUACGAGUUACAGCACAGCGAUAAGCCGGUGGGAACGAAGAAACUGACAAAGUCAUUCGGGUGGGAAACUUUAGAUAGCUUCAUGCAACAUGAUGUUCAAGAGCUGUGUCGAGUGUUGCUGGAUAACGUGGAGAACAAGAUGAAGGGCACGUGUGUGGAGGGCACCAUCCCCAAGCUGUUCAGGGGCAAGAUGGUGUCUUACAUCCAGUGUAAAGAAGUAGACUAUCGGUCUGAUAGAAGAGAAGAUUAUUAUGACAUUCAACUAAGUAUAAAAGGAAAGAAAAACAUCUUUGAAUCCUUCGUGGACUAUGUGGCAGUCGAGCAGCUGGACGGGGACAACAAGUACGACGCCGGGGAGCACGGCCUGCAGGAAGCAGAGAAAGGAGUGAAAUUCCUGACGCUGCCACCAGUGUUACAUCUGCAGCUGAUGAGGUUUAUGUAUGACCCUCAGACGGACCAAAACAUCAAGAUCAACGACAGGUUUGAGUUCCCUGAACAGUUACCACUCGAUGAAUUUUUGCAAAAAACAGAUCCUAAGGACCCUGCAAAUUAUAUUCUUCAUGCAGUCCUGGUCCACAGUGGAGAUAAUCAUGGUGGACACUACGUGGUUUAUCUAAAUCCCAAAGGGGAUGGCAAAUGGUGUAAAUUUGACGAUGACGUGGUAUCGAGGUGUACGAAGGAGGAAGCCAUCGAGCACAACUACGGGGGCCACGAUGACGAUCUCUCCGUGCGCCACUGCACCAACGCCUACAUGUUGGUUUAUAUCAGGGAGUCAAAGCUGAGUGAAGUCUUACAAGCCGUCACCGACCACGAUAUUCCUCAGCAGUUGGUGGAACGAUUACAAGAGGAGAAGAGGAUCGAGGCUCAGAAGCGGAAGGAGCGGCAGGAAGCCCACCUCUACAUGCAAGUGCAGAUCGUGGCGGAGGACCAGUUUUGUGGCCACCAAGGGAAUGACAUGUACGAUGAAGAGAAGGUGAAGUACACCGUGUUCAAAGUGCUGAAGAACUCCUCGCUGGCUGAGUUUGUUCAGAACCUCUCCCAGACCAUGGGGUUUCCACAAGAUCAGAUUCGAUUGUGGCCCAUGCAAGCACGGAGCAACGGCACCAAGCGGCCGGCGAUGCUGGAUAACGAGGCUGACGGCAACAAGACGAUGAUUGAACUCAGUGAUAAUGAGAACCCUUGGACAAUAUUCCUGGAAACAGUUGAUCCAGAGCUGGCUGCCAGCGGAGCCACGUUGCCCAAGUUUGACAAGGAUCAUGAUGUGAUGUUAUUUCUGAAGAUGUAUGAUCCCAAAACUCGGAGCUUGAAUUACUGUGGGCAUAUCUACACCCCGAUAUCCUGCAAAAUACGUGACUUGCUCCCGGUUAUGUGUGACAGAGCAGGAUUUAUCCAGGAUACUAGCCUUAUCCUCUAUGAGGAAGUUAAACCGAAUUUAACAGAGAGAAUUCAGGACUAUGAUGUGUCUCUUGAUAAAGCCCUGGAUGAACUAAUGGAUGGCGAUAUUAUCGUGUUCCAGAAGGAUGACCCCGAAAAUGAUAACAGUGAACUGCCCACCGCAAAGGAAUAUUUCAGAGACCUCUACCACCGUGUGGAUGUCAUUUUCUGUGAUAAAACAAUCCCUAAUGAUCCUGGAUUUGUGGUUACAUUAUCAAAUAGAAUGAAUUAUUUUCAGGUCGCAAAGACAGUUGCGCAGCGGCUGAACACCGACCCCAUGUUGCUGCAGUUUUUCAAGUCUCAAGGUUACAGGGAUGGGCCAGGGAAUCCUCUUAGACAUAAUUACGAAGGCACGCUACGAGACCUUCUACAAUUCUUCAAGCCUAGACAGCCCAAGAAACUCUACUAUCAGCAGCUCAAGAUGAAGAUCACAGACUUUGAAAACAGGAGGAGUUUUAAGUGUAUAUGGUUAAACAGCCAAUUUAGGGAAGAGGAAAUAACACUAUACCCAGACAAGCACGGGUGUGUCCGGGACCUGCUGGAGGAGUGCAAGAAGGCUGUGGAGCUGGGGGAGAAGGCGUCAGGGAAACUUAGGCUGCUAGAAAUUGUAAGCUACAAAAUUAUUGGUGUGCAUCAAGAAGAUGAGCUAUUAGAAUGUUUAUCUCCUGCCACGAGUCGGACGUUUCGAAUAGAGGAGAUCCCCUUGGACCAGGUGGACAUAGACAAGGAGAAUGAGAUGCUGAUCACAGUGGCGCAUUUCCACAAGGAGGUGUUUGGGACAUUUGGGGUUCCUUUCUUGCUGAGGAUACACCAGGGCGAGCAUUUCAGAGAAGUGAUGAAGCGGAUCCAAAGUCUGCUGGACAUUCAGGAAAAGGAGUUUGAAAAGUUUAAGUUCGCCAUUGUGAUGAUGGGCCGACACCAGUACAUCAAUGAAGAUGAGUAUGAAGUAAACUUGAAAGAUUUUGAACCUCAGCCUGGUAACAUGUCUCAUCCUCGGCCUUGGCUGGGGCUCGACCACUUCAACAAAGCCCCAAAGAGGAGUCGCUACACUUACCUUGAAAAGGCCAUUAAAAUCCAUAACUGACUCCUCCCCGUGUGCGAGGCGAGGGACAGUGUGUGGUGCGGCCCUUUUAACAGCCAGAACUGUGGACACUGCGCUCUAGCCGGUCUCCAGCAAGAGGAUUUGCUGCUGAUGUUAAUUUUAUUUUGUUGAGGCUGUUCAGUUUGGCUUCUCUGUAUCUAUUGACUGUCCUUUUUGAGCAAAAUGAAGGUGUUUUUAUAAAGCUUG